UUUAAUACAAAGAUGGCGGCGUGUAUACGCUGUGCAUGUGCUUUAGGAAAGAUAAAUUUUCUCAGUGUCGGCAAGUCAUCUGUUUCGAAAAUUUCAGUCGCUAACUAUGCCAAGAAAGUGGGAGGCAAAGGUGGUGCCAAGAUGGGAGCUCAGCGAGUGGCCAAAGUGUUGUUGGAGGUGGAGACGGAUGCUGCAAAACUGACCAAAUACUGUUGUGGUGCCAACAUUACUGUUCACGGGAAGGACCCUGAGUUGAAGGCAGACAGUGAAUACCCAGAUUGGCUGUGGUCCAUGAGAACAGCAAGGUCACCACCCAAACUGUCUGAAUACGAAGAAGAUUCAUUUGAAAUGUGGAGGCGGAAAAAGAAACUUGCACUAAGAAGGCAAAAUCGUCUGCGAAGUCUUGAGGAUAUCAAGUCUUAGUUUUGGAGAAAUAUUCUGACAGCUGUGAUUGUAAAAUAGCUAUGGAGAAGUAGAGUGUAUCAGUUCCUGUGUUUAACUGACUUUUGUAUUAUUUGUGGUGAUGACUUUAUGGAGAAAUGUAUUCAGAGAAUAAAUAAACUGACAUA